UGCAUUUACGGCCCAGCCCGGGUGCCGGUCACCCUGGUUCACGCGCUUUAACUACCUACCUUAGCUACCUACCAUAAGAUAAAGCAAGGCCCAACCAGGCCCGACAACGCACUUCCUGGCACUAUAAUGCUCCCACCGCAGCUUCCACUGAAACAACGAAGCACCAGAAAAGAACAAAAAUAAAAAAAAUAAGACAGAGAGCCACCCCCAUCGCCUCGUCUCUCCUCUCCUCGCAGAUCUUUCCCGUCUCCGGUCACCAUGAACUCCUACUCCGGCGACCGGUCCUCCUCCCGUCCCACCACAACCUCCUUCGACUCCUACCAGUUUGACUUCGGGGCCAACGCCUCCCGCUCCUCCACCUCCCGCCCCCUCCGCGACCAGAGGCCAGGCGGCGCCACCAACCCUUCACCGAGGCCAACCACCACAAACACAUGGUCACACCAGCCGGUGAAGACGUCCUGGACUCAUCAGCCAUCCCCGUCCGUCGCCGCGGCGCUCGGAUCCGGGCCUGUGUCCAUGGUCGGCGACAUCUCCGGCCGGAGCUGGUCCGCCACGGCGCCCUCCUCCGGCAUCGGCCUCCCUCAGUCCAACAACCCCAACCUCUUCAGCGACCUCCUCGGGCCGGCGCUUGGAUCCACCCGAGCCCAGUCCAACGCGCCGCUCAGAUCAGCAGCGGCCCAGCCCUCCAAGCCGUCAAGCGCUAACCCUAGGACCAACAGCUCUUCCUUCUCGAUGGGCGGUAUGGCGAGCACGCUCCCGAAAACCACCGGGGCACCGAUAGCUUCUGGUAGUUAUGGGGUUGGUGGCCGGCCAAUGAAGCCGGUGGGCAUGGCGCCGGCGACCGCGUCACAGCCCAUGGCGCAGAAGAAGGAUCCGUUCGGCUCCAUAGAUCCCUUCGCGGCGAAGCCUGGGUCUAUGAAUGCUGCAAAGCAGGCAGGUUCGGCCAAAUCGGAUCCGGGAUUUGGCGUGUUUCAGGGCGUGAGUUCGGGCGCCAACGCUGGAUUCAGUAGUUUCCAGAAAGCCGGCGCUAGAUCCAGUGGCUUCCAGAGUCCUGGUGCCACGAAGCCUUCCAAUGUUGCGCCUCCGCCUGCACCCGCUCCAGCGCCUGUUUCUGCAGCGGUGAACUCUGGCGUGGAUCAUUUUGACACGCUGUUUCCUUCGUCCGCAUCUGCACCAACUGCUUCUGCGGCGAGUAAUGGUGGUGGUGACAUGUUUGGUGAGAUGGAUGGUUGGGUGGACGUGGAGUCGGAGUAUGUUGGUGGUGGUGAUAGCAGUGGCACAACCACAGAGCUGGAGGGAUUACCGCCACCACCGUCUGGGUUGACGGCAUCUGCUGCUAAGGCAAAAGGAAUGGAUAAUUACAAGGGUGGGCAGUAUGCUGAUGCUAUCAAAUGGUUGUCUUGGGCUGUUCUGCUCAUCGAGAAGACUGGGAAAAAUGCUGGUAUUGCAGAGGUGUUGUCAUCAAGGGCCUCGUCCUACAAGGAGGUCGGCGAGUACAAGAAGGCUAUUGCCGACUGUUCGAAGGUGCUCGAGCAAGAUAAUGACAAUGUGUCGGUGCUAGUGCAACGUGCUCUCUUAUAUGAGAGCAGUGAGAAAUAUAGGCUUGGGGCUGAGGACCUGCGUUUGGUUCUGAAGAUUGACCCUGGGAAUCGUCUUGCCAGGAGUAUGAUUCAUCGAUUGAACAAAAUGGCUGACUAGGGAUGUUUGUCAAGUUCCCUUAUGUACCACCAUUGUAAUCAUCCUUGACACGGAAACUGUGAGUUAUUUCAAUUUUUUUUACUAUACUUGUGGCUUUGGGGGUAAUAAUUUACAACUUUGGUGUUAUGAAGCACAUCAAUACAUCAUUGCAUCUUCACACACAGUAUAUUCUUUGAUAUGUAUUGUAUAUCAUAUAUUGUAUUGAACUUUAAUAGUUCACUUUGUGGUUUGAAACCUUCA